UUAAAGCAAACAAUGUUCAACUUGAGCCUGACAUUCAUUUCAUCUAAUUGCUCAGUAUUUAUCAUGGUGUAGGUAGGGCAAAGGGUAAAAUAUUCUAGCAUUCAGAUAUUAGUUGUAAUUGGCUACAGUUCCCAUUCAGAUGCUUACGAACUGGAACAGAAUCAAACAGGCAAGGCUUGAUUUCAAGUGAACACAAAUGGUUGGAUCCAUAAAACACUACCAGAGAAAAACUGAUCAGAGAUCCAUCCCCGUCAAUGAUAGAAAUCUGCAAUAAUGUAAAAAACCUUUAAUCAGAAAGGCACAUUCUGUUCUUGCCACCACCACUACCAAGAAGACGCUUUCCCAAAUAUACACCAACAGAAGGUGGCAAAACAUGAACAAGGGCUCAUCUGAAGGCUGAAGCAUAUGGACAGGAAAGAAGACAAUGAGACCUCUUGGCCUGAGGAAUUCAUCUUAACAGAACUUACAGACCAUAAAGUUUUAAACCUGAUACUUUUUGUUUUGUUUCUCUUUACAUAUUUGGCAGCCGUGUUUGGCAACUUGCUCAUUAUUGUUCUAGUGAGAACAGAUCCUUGCCUUCACACACCUAUGUAUUUCUUCCUCUCCAACCUCUCCAUCUUGGAGGUUUGUUCUGCUUCUACCACAGUGCCCCAGAUUCUGUUUCACUUUCUAUCCGAGAAAAGGGCCAUGCCCCAAAUUUGUUGUGCCUUGCAGCUGUUCUUCUUCCUCACGUUUGUAAUUGCAGAGAUUUUUGUUCUCACUGUGAUGUCUUAUGAUCGUUAUGUUGCCAUUUGCUUUCCACUGCAUUACAGCCAGCAGGUAACCAAGCAGGUGUGCAUUUUAAUGGCUGCUGCUUGUUGGAUGGGUGGCCUCUUCCUUUCUGCAAUCAACACUGCCUUCACUUUGAAAUUAUCCUUUGGUGGCCACAACAAAAUAGACCAUUUUCUCUGUGAAAUGCCAGCCAUGGUGAGAAGUGCUUAUGGAGGAACAUACAACGUCAAGAUGUGUCUGUACAUAUCUUGUGUGUUUACUUUGAUCUCACCUCUUUUGUUGAUACUUGUAUCUUAUGCUCGUAUUCUUUACACUAUCUUGGGUAACCAUUGUAAUACCUGCAAGCACAAAGCCAUCUCCACUUGCUCUUCUCACUUGUUAGUUGUUAUACUCUUUUUUGGGUCGGGAAUUUCAGCCUACCUUGGACCACAUUCCAGCAGUUCAAAGGAGCAUCUCAAAAUGGCUUCUGUGUUUUACAUAGUCAUCACUCCUGCACUCAACCCCAUCAUAUAUAGUCUACGAAACAAGGAAGUGAUGCAGGCCUUCAAGAAGGUGAGAAAUAAAGGCACAAUUAAUUAA